GGCCAGUCCAGACACAGCCCCUUUGUCAUAGUUUUCACUCUUUAUAGGACUCCAUUUUGAUUGAGAGCAGGGAAGGUGUCCUGGUUAAGCCAAGGGGGUCUGUUGCCAGACUCUCUCCUAAGCCAUGGAAUGGUGGUCUAUUCUGUUGCCAGCCCUAGCUGGGAGCUGUUCCUACCCCUCACCCCCUCUCUGCCUCUAGGGGCUUCAGCUACGUGGACUUGGUGGAGGGGCUGCAGGACGGCCGGUUCUAUGCCCUGAAGCGCAUCCUGUGCCAUGACAAGGAGGACCGCCAGGGAGCCCUGCAGGAGGACGAGGUGGAGAUGCACCAGCUCUUCGACCACCCCAACAUCCUGCAGCUGGAGGCCCACUGCAUGGUGGAGAAGGGGCCCAAACACGAGGCCUGGCUGCUGCUGCCCUUCCUCAGGAGGGGGACCCUGUGGAGCGAGGUGGAAGCUCUGCGAGACAAAGGCUCCUUCCUGCCUGAGGAGCGGAUCCUCCCCCUUCUCCAGGGCAUCUGCCAGGGGCUGCAGGCCAUUCACGCCAAGGGCUACGCCCACAGGGACCUGAAGCCCACCAACGUGCUGCUGGAUGACGCGGAGCAGCCAGUGCUGAUGGACCUGGGCUCCAUGAACCGGGCCCGCAUUGAGGUCAAGGGCUCCCGCCAGGCCAUGGCUGUGCAGGACUGGGCGGCUCAGCGCUGCACCAUCUCGUACCGGGCCCCGGAGCUCUUCACAGUGGAGAGUGACUGCGUCAUCGACGAGCGCACCGACAUCUGGUCCCUAGGCUGCGUGCUGUACUGCAUGAUGUUCGGGGAGGGCCCCUUCGACAUGGUCUUCCAGAAGGGCGACAGCGUGGCGCUGGCUGUACAGAACCAGCUCCGCGUGCCCCCCACUGGCAGGUACUCGGCCAGCCUGGAGCACCUGCUCUCCUCCAUGAUGGUGGUGAACCCUCAGGAGCGGCCUCAUGUCUCCCAGAUACUGGACCAGCUGGAGGGGCUGCAGCCAGCCUUGAGGGGCCAGGCCACCACCCGGAUCUGAGCCUGGGGCCGGGCCAGCACUGCGUGUGGAGGCUGAACUGCUUGUAAGACUGAGCUGGAGGUUAAAAGCAAGACCAGGCCUGCGGGGUGGAGCCCUGCCAGCGCCUGCCGUUUCAGGACCACCUCGGGCACCCACUCUGCUGCUGGGGCCUCAGCAAGGGGUGGCCAGGCAUGCGCUGAGCCCCAAGCUCUGGGGCUGUCUGGAGAGGGGAGCCCUGCCGCUGCCCCCAGCAGUUAGUGGCCUUCUGCCCCUCAGCCAGAGCUGGGGGCAGCCCCUGGGUCUGCUGCCCAUCUCCUGCAGGAAGGGGGGUGGGGUCAGGCCAUGGCAGCCCCAGGGCCUGGCUGGGUUUGGUCCAAUAAAGCAUGUGGAGACUG